GGUAUAAACCAUAAAAACAACUAGAGACUGUUGUCUCAUACCCCCGCCUCUUCUCACAUCGGACCUAACUAUCAGUUAGAAUGGCGGAAAAUACCGAAUUUCCUUGGCAUAUUGGUGUUUAUGAUGCACAUUGCCAUCCAACAGAUACCAUGGAAUCCAUCGAUUCGAUACCUUCAAUGAAUGCAAGGGUUCUAACAGUAAUGGCGACCAGAGCGCAAGACCAAGAGCUUGUUGCUCAAGUUGCUGAUAAAUAUGGGUUGAAAAAGCUCCAAGCAAAGGACCAUCCAAAUACGGAAUGCAUGAUUCCUUGUUUCGGGUGGCAUCCUUGGUUCUCGUAUCAAAUAUUCGAUGAUACCAAAGAAUCACUUGAUUUCUCUCUGUUCAAUACUGAAGCUUUCAAAAUUGAGCAUUAUGGAAAAGUUCUGACGCCCAGUCCUGACGACAAACAGUUUCUGCUGUCAUUACCAUCUCCUCGCCCCCUUACGCAAUUUCUGCGUCAAACUAAAGAGUAUCUUUUAAAGUACCCGCUGGCACUGGUGGGAGAAAUCGGACUAGAUAAACAAUUUCGUUUACCAGGUGAAUGGCCCGGAGAUGUUGAGAACUCUAGAGAUGGAGGCCCCACACCCGGAGGAAGAGAAGGGCGACGUCUUACGCCGUAUCGAGUUCAAAUGAGCCAUCAAAAAGUUAUACUCAAGGCUCAAUUGAAGCUUGCAGGCGAAAUGCAGAGAUCAGUAUCUGUUCAUGGAGUGCAAGCGCACGGUGUUCUAUUUGAUACCUUACAAGAGACUUGGAAGGGUCAUGAACGGCAAGUUAUCAGCAAACGAGAGAAGAAAAGAAUUGCUGGAGUACCGCCUGCCUUAGAUGAUACAGAUGAAGAAGAAGAUGAAUCAGAAAACAAGAUCGAAAAACCAUUUCCUCCGCGUGUCUGUCUCCAUUCAUAUUCUGGCCCGCCGGACACUCUAAAGCAAUAUUUCCACGCUUCAGUCCCAGCUGAGAUAUACUUUUCAUUCUCAGCAGCCAUAAAUAUGUCCUCGCCCGCUAGUGCUAAAGCAAUUGAAGUCAUUAAAGCUGUCCCUGAUGAUCGUGUUCUUGUUGAGAGUGAUCUCCAUAUUGCUGGCGAAACAAUGGAUAAUUUGUUAGAGGAUAUGUGUCGGAAAAUCUGCGAGAUCAAAGGCUGGGACCUCGAAGAUGGUGUGACUAGAUUGGCGGAGAAUUGGAAACGUUUUGUGUCUGUUUGAAGAUUUUUAGAUUACCGACACAUUUUCUGCAAUCACAAUAAUACGAUAUAAUAUUAGCAGAAAAAUGGUUUCUAAAUUUCAGGUUGGGAACCUGUCUAACAUGGUGGACAGCAUACAUCUUGAUGCCAAGUUGAGAGAAAACACCCUUUUACUCAUCAUAAAUCUAAGAUUUUAUAUAUUCUACUCUUUGUUACUGAUUUCUCAUUCUCUCUUUGAUACUAUCAGCCAAAAGACUAAAUAUAUAGCCAGGACCCCCCCAACAUCCCCGAGGAUCCUCAAAGUGGGAAAAGGCAUCCCCUCGAUGCGAUCACAUAUUGACAUUAUAUGAAUUCAACUUAACGUGAGUCGGAUCUACACUCUGUAUGAUAGCGCAAAUGGUCGAGGAAAAUAAACUUUUAAACUA